AUGCUAUUCAAAGGCUUUAUAAUAACCAUUUUCCUAUAUUUUAUCGCAAACUACUUCAGUUUAUUCGAUAGCUAUAAAAAUAAAUUCAUCAUCUCCUCCAAAAAUAACAACAAUAACAGUAACUUAUCCUGGAAAGAAAGACAGCAAUUAGUCAAAAAUGUAAUGAAAGAAUCCUGGGCAGGUUAUGAAAAAUAUGCUUGGGGUAAAGACGUCUAUCAUCCUGUCUCUAAAAAUGGUGAGAAUAUGGGCGAUCAACCUCUAGGAUGGAUAAUCGUCGAUAGCUUGGACACUCUAAUGAUCAUGGAUUUAAAAGAUGAAUUAAAACUUGCAAGAUCUUGGGUCAAAAAUGAACUAACCUACGAUGUCGAUAUGUAUGUCAACACUUUUGAAACAACCAUUAGAAUGUUAGGUGGUUUGUUGAGUGCUUACUAUCUAUCCGACGAUGAUGUUUACAUUGAUAAAGCAACAGAUUUAGCUAAUAGAUUAAUGGGUGCAUUUGAAUCUGAUUCUGGCAUACCCUUUUCUAGCGUUAAUUUACAAUCGAAAAAGGGUUUAAUCUCUCAUGCUGAUUCAGGCGCUUCAUCAACCGCUGAAGUUUCAACUUUACAAUUGGAAUUCAAAUACCUAUCAAAACUAACUGGCGAAAAAAUUUAUUGGGAAAAAGUUGAACAUGUUAUGCACAUUUUAGAUAAUAAUAAGCCAAAAGAUGGUUUGGUUCCAAUUUUCAUUCAACCUACAACCGGUAAAUAUCAAGGCAAAUUAAUUAGAUUAGGUUCUAGGGGUGAUUCGUACUAUGAAUAUCUAUUAAAACAAUACAUUCAAACGGGUUUGCAAGAAGAUAACUAUAUUCAAAUGUAUCAAGAAUCGGUCAAUGGCAUCAAAAAAAAUUUAGUUAAAAAUUCAAAACCAAACGAUCUAACAUUUAUUGGUGAACUUAAUAAUGGUGUCGACGGCGAUUUAUCAAAUAAAAUGGAUCAUCUAGUCUGCUUUAUGGGAGGUUUAUUAGCCUUAGGUACCACCUUUGGAGAAGAUUUAAAUGAAUAUAAAAAAAAACCAAACUCAAUUUGGACUUCAAGUAAAGAAAGCGAUUUAAAAUUAGCUAAAGAAUUAACCCACACAUGCUAUCAAAUGUAUCAUCAAAUCAAAGAAACAGGUUUAUCCCCAGAGAUUGUUGUAUUUAAUACUGAUGAAAGAAGUGAUAAUGAUUUUUUCAUUAAACAAAUGGAUAAACAUAACUUACAAAGACCUGAGACCGUUGAAAGUUUAUUUGUUUUAUACAGAAUUACUAAAGAUCCUAUUUAUAGAGAAUAUGGUUGGGAAAUUUUUAAUAAUUUUAUCAAUUAUACAAAAGUCGAAGGAGAUGCAGGAUAUUCAUCAUUAAACGAUGUUACCAAAAUUCCAGUUUCAUUUAGAGAUAACAUGGAAUCAUUCUGGUUUGCUGAGACAUUGAAAUAUUUAUAUUUAUUAUUUGAUGACAAUGAAGAUGUAUUACCAUUAGAUAAAGUUGUAUUUAAUACCGAGGCUCACCCAUUACCGAUAUUUGAUAUGGGAGAACAAUUCAAGACUGGAUGGAAAAGAGGUGAUGCAGUUGUAAAGCCCACCCAAGAAAUU